GAGGGAGUCCAAGAAAUAGUGGAGAAAGUUGUAUAAAUAACACAAUAUAUCUUGUCUUGUCUCGUCUUCUUAGAUUCAGAGUUUGAGAUCUGUAUCAAAGCAUGGCUGACAACAAGGAACUCACCCCCUUGCAAUCUCCGUCAACUUCAACUUCACCCACUCAACUCCAAGUUGAAGAUCCCCACCACUUAUCUAAAUCACCCGUUCCUCCUAAUUCUUCUACUCGCAAGGCUUGUUAUGCUGUUCUCCAAAGCUGGGUUUCCACAAAGUUCAUGACUGGAUGUGUCGUUCUCUUUCCUGUAGCAGUUACAUUUUUUGUCACAUGGUGGUUUAUUCAGUUCUUUGAUGGUUUCUUCAGUCCCAUAUAUGAGAGACUCGGGGUAGAAAUAUUUGGCCUUGGAUUCAUCACAUCUUUGGUAUUUAUAUUCUUUAUUGGUAUAUUUGCUUCUUCGUGGAUGGGUUCCACGGUUUUCUGGUUAGGGGAAUGGUUUAUAAAAAGAAUGCCCUUCAUAAAUAACAUAUACUCAGCAUCAAAACAAAUUAGUGCUGCCAUAUCUCCAGACCAAAAUACUACUGCUUUUAAGGAGGUUGCCAUCAUCCGCCAUCCUCGUCUUGGUGAAUAUGCUUUUGGCUUCAUAACGUCAACAGUGGUUCUUCAGAAAGAAAAUGGAGAUGAAGAGCUAUGCAGUGUUUUUGUCCCAACAAAUCAUUUGUACAUUGGAGAUGUAUUUUUGGUCAAUUCUGCGGAGAUCAUAAGACCAAAUUUAUCUAUUAGAGAAGGCAUAGAGAUCAUAGUUUCGGUGGGAAUGUCAAUGCCACAGGUUAUAUCACCACUGGAAAGGGUUCGUCGACAGAAUGAUAGAAUUCCUCCGAAUGGAAUGAUCUAGGAGAAGCAUCCACUGGGCUGAAUUCAUUUAUUUGUUUUACCUCGUGUAUAUGUCUAAAUGGUGUAAAGAGAGGAAGUAAAAUUUGUGUCUGGUUUGUGUUGGUUGUAUACAAUCGGCCUAAGUUGUAUCUAUCCCGGAGAUUAUGGAAAGCGUGGUGACUUAGAUAGUUUUAGCUAUUUUUGUUGUAUUUCUUAUUUUGUAACCUUUCCUUUUGAUCACUUUAUUAAAAGGUAGAUUAAUUCUGUGAUCAGCAGUGUGGCACAACCAUCAUGUAUGAACUUUCUCCAGGUUGUAUAUUUAUAUGAUAUUUUAGAAAACUGUUUUAAUAAA